AUGGUUCGGCAUGGGAAAUUAGCAACGAAUGGGGAAAAGCGGAGGCGCCAUAUAGCCAGGGAUGAGAAAUGUCCAGUUUACCAGAAAGAGUACGAGGAUACGCUGCAUGCAAUCAGAGAUUGUCCUUGGGUGGAACAACAAUGGAAACACUAUGUUAGGGAGAACAAAUGGGAAAUGUUCAAGAGCCUACCGCUGGGAACUGCAGCAGAAGUGUGGACUGGAUAUACAUCAGUUGGGUUGGGAACCGCCACAACAGACUGGGUAAAGGUGAAAGUAAACGGAGCAUCCGCCAACAAUCCAGGAGUUGCGGGUGCAGGGGGAUUAGUCAGAGACGAGAUGGGAAAUUGGAAAGGUGGUUUCUACUGUAAUUUGGGCAUUGCAAGCAACUCAGCAGCUGAAUUAUGGGCCAUUAUCCCUUGGUUGAAACUAGCCUGGCAGAAGAGCGUUGUCGCUGAAAAAGACUCUGUAGCGAGCUUAUCCCUGAUAAAUGACAGUGGGAAAGAGAGAGUCCUUAUGCAAAUCUAA